AUGCUGUUCAACGCGCUCCGCACACGCGCCUCGAUGGCCAGGACCAUGGUCCGCGGUGGUCAGGCUGCCGCUCAGAAGCGAUACCUGUCGAUCCACGAGCACCUUUCCAUGGACAUUCUUAACAAGUACGGCAUCGCUACUCCCAAGUACAUCGCCGCUAAGACGCCCGAAGAGGCAUACAAGGCUGCACAGUCUUUUGGCGGCAAGGAGAUCGUAAUCAAGGCACAGGUGCUUGCGGGUGGUCGUGGUAAGGGUCACUUUGACUCGGGUCUCAAGGGUGGUGUUCACCUGAUCAAGACGCCCGAAGAGGCUCGCGACCUUGCUGCCAAGAUGAUCGGCAACCACCUGAUCACCAAGCAGACCGGGGCUGGUGGUCGUCUCUGCAAUGCUGUCAUGAUCGCCGAGGCUCGUCCACCACACCACGAGUACUACGUCGCUGUGCUCAACGACCGUGCUACGCAACUUCCCGUCUUGAUCGCGUCGAACCAAGGUGGUAUGUCGAUCGAAGAGGUUGCAGCCGAAAACCCGGAUGCCAUCAUCACCACGCCUAUCGAUUUUGAAAAGGGUCUCAGCAACCAAGAUGCGCUUGGGAUUGCCAAGAAGCUCGGCUUCACCGGCGCCAAGCAGGAGCAACAGGCUGCCGAAACCUUCCAGAAGCUGUACAAGCUGUUUGACGAAAAGGACGCCACGCAGGUCGAGAUCAACCCUCUUGCCGAGUCCAAGGACGGCGAGGUUCUCUGCAUGGAUGCUAAGCUCGGAUUUGAUGAAAACGCCGAUUUCCGUCAGGCUGACAUCUUCGAGCUGCGCGACACCACGCAGGAGGACCCCGACGAGGUUGACGCCGCCAAGUAUGGCCUCAACUUUAUCAAGCUCGAUGGCAACAUCGGUUGUCUCGUCAACGGCGCCGGUCUUGCCAUGGCCACCAUGGAUGUGUUGAAGCUCAACGGAGGUAACCCCGCUAACUUCCUCGACGUCGGAGGCACCGCUUCCGCUGCUUCCGUCAAAAAGGCUUUCGAACUGCUCCUCAACUCCAAAGAGGUCAAGGGUAUCUUUGUCAACAUCUUUGGCGGUAUCGUCUCGUGCAAGAAAAUCGCCGAGGGCAUCAUUCAGGCCACCCAAGAAUUGGAUAUGUCCAUCCCUCUCGUCGUCCGUCUCCAGGGCACCCACGAGAAAGAGGCAAAGGAGUUGAUCAAGAACUCCAACCUCAAGAUCUUCGCCUUCGACGGCUUGGACGAGGCCGCUGCCAAGGCUGUUGAGAGCGCUCAAAAGGGCACCCUUUAA